AUGCCAAAGUCAAAGUCAACAAGUUUGUUUUCCCUGUUACAUGCUAUUGUUGAAAAUCCUCCAUCUAUUAAAGAAAGAGAAGAAAGAGAAGAAGAAAUUAUUCAAUAUAUUGACCCAGUUGAAACAAAUAUCAUACCAGCAUUUUCAACAUCCUCUGACAUAAAUUUAUCAUUUGGUAUAAAAUAA